CCUAUAUUUUCCUUCCUCCAUCGGCGCCUGUAUACCCUCCUUAAACAACCUCCAUCCCUCAGCCGACACUCGACCUCUUCUCUAUCCCGGUUCGACCUCGCCUGGCUGCGGUUGCCGAUCCUGUCGUGUUUUGCGAACGAUUUAACAUAACGGUUUCGCACCUACCUGUCGACGGUUUCCGGCAAACUACGGUCCCCGACUUCACUCGCAUGCUACCGGAGCACACUGGUUGAUAAUAUAAACACAUCUACGGCCGAACUUGUCCUAUACUUCACGACCAUGAAGCUCCUUCGCGCACUACCGCUUCAAACCCUCCUUCUCCUCUCUAGCCUGAUAAUCCCUUCAGUCCUAUCCGCCCCAGCGGUCGGGGGAGAACCCAUGCUGGCACGGUCUCUAAGAGCAAGGUCGGAGAAAAAGCCGUCCGAUAACAAGUACUUCCACGAACCGGGCGGCUCCGAGGAGCUGGGCCACUAUGACAAGCGGUAUUUCAAAGGCGCGGUGCCGUACGAGGAGCAUAGGCCUGCACUAAGGCAUCUCACCCGCUCCUACUUGACGACCCUGCGCUCGCUCGGGGUUGAGACAUGGUUGGCCCACGGAACCUUGCUGGGGUGGUGGUGGAACGGUAAAAUCAUGCCGUGGGACUAUGAUGUCGACGUACAGGUAUCAAGUGCGACCCUAUACUACCUGGGCAAGAACCACAACAACACCUUGCACGAGUAUCGCUUUCUCGAUGAGCGGACAGGAGAGCAGAGGAAGAAGACUUACCUCCUGGAUAUCAACCCCCACCACGUCGAACGGACCCGGGGCGAUGGCAUGAACGUCAUUGAUGCGAGAUGGAUCGACGUCAGCAACGGCAUGUUUAUCGACAUCACCGGUCUGGCCGAGAGAGACCCCACGAGCCACCCGGGCAUCUGGAGUUGCAAGAACUACCACCGCUACCGCACUAGGGAUCUUUACCCGAUGCGCGAGACCGACUUCGAAGGCGUGCCCGCCAAAGUGCCCUACAGCUUCGACCGGAUAUUGACCGACGAGUACGGAAUGAAGAGUCUGGUCUCUACUGAGUGGAAGGGACACCGAUGGACACCCGAAAUCAAAGAAUGGGUCAAGGUCCAAGAGAAGAAAUCGUAGCGACACCACGCAUUACAGCACCAAAGGGCCGCCCCCAGAUCACCUGCAUUGGAAUAGAACCGGCGUUUUUCCCUCAUUUCUUUUUUCUUUUUCAUUGUUUAUAUUUUUGAACGAGAGACCA